UCAUGUUGUUUCAGCCUAUAGCCAGCCAGAGCUAGCUAGCUGUAUAUAAACAAGCAAGCAAAGACACCUCCACGUACGCACUUGCUGACCAACACACCAGCCAGACCCGGCCUGUUCACUGAAUAUAUUCCUCUACUGUACUGUCUGCUGAGAGAACACAAGAUGGCUGAUUUAGAGUCUGUGCUGCAAGAUGUGUCCUAUCUGAUGGCCAUUGAGAAGUCAAGGGGAUCUGGGUCCAGAACUAUCAAGAAGUUUGUCCUUCCUGACAAAAGUGUACACUGUGUUGUCCACAAAUAUUUGGAGGAGGUGGGACAAGUAUCACUCAAGAGCAUCUACAGCCAAAGAUUUGGAAUCCACUUCCUGGGUAAACACAUCCCUGGAGAUUGCCUCACCUUCACUGGAGUAAAAGCAAUCUCUGCCUAUGAGAGACUGUCCUCUAAAGAAAUGAGAGCCAAGAAAGCCAAGGAGAUAUUUGAUCGCUAUUUAUACGCAGAGCAAUUGACUAUGAGCAAAAAUGUGGCGGUCCCCAAGGAAGUUACGGCCGAGAUAGGGGUUGUCAUCUCACGAGGACAGCAUCCGUCUGGGCUCUUUGACAAGGCUAAAACUCUAAUGUUCAAAUGGCUACAAGAUAACUACGGAAUCCAGUUCUACCACAGUGACUCAUACGUCCGGUUUUGCCAGUGGAAGUACAUGGAGUACCUAACCCCCCAACUCAUCACUCUGGGGGACUUUAGCGUUCACAGGAUCAUCGGGAGGGGGGGCUUUGGGGAGGUGUUUGGAUGCAGGAAAGAUGACUCCGGCAAAAUGUUUGCAAUGAAGCUGCUGGAUAAGAAGAGGAUAAAGCUGAAGAAAGGAGAGGCCUUAGCUCUCAACGAGAAGAACAUGUUGGCUAAAGUCAACAGUCCGUUUGUAGUGAAUAUGUACUACGCCUUUCAGACAGCUGACAAACUCUGUUUCAUUCUGGAUCUUAUGAAUGGUGGAGACCUUCAUUACCACCUUACACAACAUGGUGUCUUCACUGAGGACGAGGUGCGAUUCUACGCUGCUGAGCUGAUCCUUGCCCUGGAGCACAUUCACAGUCAGACCAUAGUCUACAGAGACCUCAAGCCGUCUAACAUCCUAUUGGACGAGGUGGGUCACAUACGAUUGUCAGAUCUGGGGCUGGCGUGUGAGUUCAAAGACAGGGAACCCUCCUCAAGCGUUGGUACCCAUGGUUACAUGGCCCCCGAGGUGAUACGUAAAGGGGUCCAGUACACAUCCUCGGCUGACUGGUUCUCUCUCGGCUGUGUGCUCUACAAACUGCUCAAAGGGCAUAGUCCAUUUCGAUCUGGGAAUGCAAAGCAAAAAGACGACAUUGACAAGCAAACUCUAGAAAAGGAGGUCUCGUUUCCCAGCUCCAUGUCUGAGUCACUGAAGCAGCUGUUAGAUGGACUGCUGGAGAAGGACCCUGGGAAGAGACUGGGCUGCGGGGGACGUGGAUCUGAGGAGAUAAAGGAGCUGCCGUUCUUUGCCAUUCUGAACUGGGACGACGUGCUGGACAAGAAAUUGAUCCCACCCCUAGUGCCCCCCCGUGGAGAAGUGAACGCACAGGACGCAUUCGAUAUCGGCAGUUUUGACGACGAGGACAUACGAAGUGUUAGGUUGGAGGAGAAUGAUCAGAAACUGUACAAGAGGUUCAACAUUCUCGUGCCAGACAGAUGGCAAGCUGAGAUGAUUGAGGGAAUAUUUGACAGUGUCAAUGGCGAAACUGACAAGAGAGAAGGCAGCAAAGACAAGUUAAAACUGAGGAAAUCUUCCGUCCAGUACACCCCUGACGUGACACAGAACGACAUUGUGCUGCAAGGCUACGGACACAAGUUAGGCUCCACCAUAUUCUCGAAGUGGGAGAGAAAGUAUUUUGUCCUUUACCCUAACAGAAUACAGUGGGCAGACAGCAUAACCUCGCAGCACAAGUCUCAAGUGCUAGGAUUUGACACAGCUGUGCUGGUGGAGGAUAAAAUGCAAAAAUCCAGCAGAAUGAUUCGAAUGCAACCCAUUGGAGCCAGGAAAGAAUACUGCAUCAAAUUCGAUGCUGAUUUUGAGCACGAGGUGUGGAUGUCGUGUAUCCGACAGAUGGUACUGCAAUCUCAAAAUCUACUCACAGCUGGUCCCAAGACGAUGACGGAUACAGGCGCGGGAAUGCCCUCUAUGGGUGGCAGACGACGCCCUGUGGCCAUCACUAAGAGCUUACCGACGUUGCUUGACGGCCAAAAGUAGAACACCCAACUCAUUGUAUAGAACUCACAUUGUAUAGAUGCAAUCUUUAUGUUUUUUAAUAUUUUUCAGUUGUAUAUUAGCAUUAAUUUUCUUGUCUUGUGUAUAAUUAUUAUAAGUGCCAAUCCUCA